AUGUUUUUUGAUGUUCUUAUCUUGAAGUACCUAGAAAUUACUGAUUAUAAUAUGUGGUGUUUUGCAGGAACCCUGAAGUAUUUAGCAGAGAAUGUCAACUAUACAAGUGCAAAUCUACUGGAAAUCAAAGAAGCAUUUUGUCAGCAUAUGCAAAAUCGAUCUACAAGCUGUGCUUUCUACAAAUCAGUACAAAUAAAGGCACAGAAGCUUUGCAGUAAUAUAACAUCAACACUGGAACAACCAGAAAUUAAAAAAAUUCUUAAAGAUCAAGAUAUAAAAUAUGCUCAGGAAAUAUAUGACAAAAGUGUUGAAUUAAGUGUUAUUACUGACAAGUCAACAAAAAUAGAAAUGUGCAGUAAUAGUUACGAGACAUUUUUGAGAAGUGGUUUAAACAAAGACAAGGAGAACAUUAACGAUGAUAACAUGAAAGAAGAUAGUGAUAAUGUAGUUAUCCACAAAACACCCACAUCACCCAAUUCAAGACUUGAAAAGGAUUCAGGAUAUACCAUAAAGCAUGGACAUGAUGAUUUAGAUGUGACCUCGACUUCAGAUGCAGCAAAUAAGAGAUCUCACAUUGAAGCAAAAAAUCUUCUUGAUGAAUCUAAAAAUUGCUCAGAAGAAAUGCUUAAUUUACAAAGAAAUUUUCAAAUGUAUUGUGAUCAUGCUAACAACAUACUGACAGCAGAUGACAUCAUGGAUCUGAGACCAUCAUCAGAAUUUGUUCUGAAGUUUACUGAUGAAGUUGAUCUUAUUGACCAACUUUUCCCAGAGGAAGCUUUUGAGUUUCUUGUAGAGUUCUUUUCUGAGAAAUUAAAUGACCAGCAAUGGCAAGACAAAAUUGAAACCUUAACAAAUCCUGAAGCAGAUGAAAUUUUUAAACAAUUAAAAAGCUUUGAUUCAUAUGCAAUGAAUGCCGAGAACCCAUUAAAAAAUCAAGAAAUGGAAGAAGAUGAAUACAUGAAUAAUUAUAUCCAUCUGAUUCUAAAAAAGGCACUUGCACGGUUUUCAAAUAUUUGUUAUGUCUCUGGCAACAAAGCCAUAGAAGCAUCAGCGUAUAGAAAAUCUGUCACAAAUCAAAAGGGUAAUGCAGACUGGUCUGAUGGAAUUGUCUAUACAUCUAAUGAAAAGCCAUAUGAGAUAUGCAUAAUAGAAGGAAGUAAACCAUAUAACACAGAAAAUGGAAAAGAAAUGGCAGAGUUUCUUCAAAAUGCAAGGGCUGGAAAAGAUAUUAUUAAUUUUGUCAUAACUCAAGAAGUGAAAUUAAAACGAGCAUUACCAGUGUAUUUUUGA